GCCCCCUCCCCCCCGGCGGACGACGACGACGACGAGGGCGCCGGUCAUGGCGGAGCAGCGAACCGAGCGCGGGCCCUGAGCACCACCGCAUGGAGCGGGACGAACGGCCGCCUAGCGGAGGGGGAGGCGGCGGGGGCUCGGCGGGGUUCCUGGAGCCGCCCGCCGCGCUCCCUCCGCCGCCGCGCAACGGUUUUUGUCAGGACGAAUUGGCAGAGCUUGACCCAAGCACUAUUUCUGUUCCAGAUGAUCGGGCUGAACAACGAACCUGUCUCAUUUGUGGGGACCGCGCCACAGGCUUGCACUAUGGAAUCAUCUCCUGUGAGGGUUGCAAAGGGUUUUUCAAGCGGAGCAUUUGCAACAAGCGGGUAUAUCGGUGCAGUCGUGACAAGAACUGUGUCAUGUCUCGGAAGCAGAGGAACAGGUGCCAGUACUGCCGCCUGCUCAAAUGCCUCCAGAUGGGGAUGAACCGGAAGGCAAUCAGAGAAGAUGGCAUGCCUGGAGGCCGGAAUAAGAGCAUUGGGCCCGUCCAGAUAUCAGAGGAAGAGAUCGAAAGGAUUAUGUCUGGGCAGGAAUUUGAGGAAGAGGCCAGUCACUGGAGCAACCAUGGUGACAGCGACCACAGUUCCCCUGGGAACAGGGCUUCAGAGAGCAACCAGCCCUCACCAGGCUCCACAUUGUCCUCCAGUAGGUCUGUGGAACUAAAUGGAUUCAUGGCAUUCAGGGAUCAAUACAUGGGGAUGUCUGUGCCUCCACACUAUCAAUAUAUACCGCACCUUUUUAGCUAUUCUGCCCACUCUCCACUUCUGCCCCCACAAGCUCGCAGCCUGGAUCCCCAGUCAUAUAGUCUGAUUCAUCAGCUGGUGUCAGCCGAGGACCUGGAGCCAUUGGGCACGCCCAUGUUGAUUGAAGAUGGAUAUGCUGUGACUCAAGCAGAGCUAUUUGCCCUGCUUUGCCGCCUGGCUGACGAGCUGCUUUUUAGGCAGAUUGCCUGGAUCAAGAAACUGCCUUUCUUCUGCGAGCUCUCAAUCAAGGAUUACACGUGCCUCCUGAGCUCUACGUGGCAGGAAUUAAUCCUGCUGUCCUCCCUCACUGUUUACAGCAAGCAGAUCUUCGGGGAGCUGGCUGAUGUCACUGCCAAGUACUCACCCUCUGAUGAAGAACUACAUAGAUUUAGUGAUGAAGGGAUGGAGGUGAUUGAGCGGCUCAUCUACCUGUAUCACAAGUUCCAUCAGCUAAAAGUGAGCAAUGAGGAGUAUGCUUGCAUGAAAGCAAUUAACUUCCUAAAUCAAGAUAUCAGGGGUCUGACCAGUGCCUCGCAGCUGGAACAAUUGAACAAACGAUACUGGUACAUUUGCCAGGAUUUCACUGAAUAUAAAUAUACACAUCAGCCAAACCGUUUUCCUGACCUCAUGAUGUGCUUACCUGAGAUUCGCUAUAUUGCAGGAAAGAUGGUGAAUGUACCCUUGGAGCAGCUGCCCCUCCUCUUUAAGGUGGUGCUGCAUUCCUGCAAGACAAGUGUGGGCAAGGAGUGACCUGUCCCCAGCACCCCUCCUCAGGCCAGUGGCAAGGCCUGGGGUGGGCAGGACAGGCUCCGGAAGAAAGAGCCAGAGAGACCAAGAUGGAGGCUGUGGAGCAGCCUUGCCAGUUGCCUCCAUAGCAAAAGAGUUUUUGUUUGUUUGUCUUGUUUUUUUAACCUCAUUUUUCUAUAUAUUUAUUUCACGACAGAGUUGAAUGUAUGGCCUUC